GGCAUAUGCACCAAAGCUUAGGCCCAGAUUCAAGCUUCUCAAGGAGCUCCCACGAUGUUGGCAACAGGCUCCAAGCGUUAUACGAGGAUUUCGUUCGAGCCACAUCGCAGUCUGCCCGCAGUCUAUGCAUCUAAGCGAGCAUAGACUUCGGCCAGAACCACCGAAGCAUCCUUGUAGUGGAGCACCCUCCAGGAUGUCGUGAAGCGGAAUCACCGACACAGUGCGUCUAGGUCUCUACUGCGCGGGGUCCGGGAGCUAUUGAUUUAGAACCGGAGGAGCACCCAGAUCUCUCGUACUAUGGUCUCUGCUGUAGUAUAAAAUACAGCAGGAACGCCUCCUGAUAUCUCCAUCCAACAAUUCUCUCAACCCUGCUCGUGGGUUUCUUGGUAACCACUCAGCCUUCAUCAUGAGAUAUUAUUUCCCUACUGCAGUGGCUUUGUUCUUUGCUGGCCAAGCUCUGGCUGGUGACAACGAUUGGCUGAGCCCAGUUUAUAAGGAAAUAUUUCAAAAUGAGCUUCCGAUCCCACCGACUAAGGAGAAAAAAUACUCCUACUACAACUCAACUACGAAUCGCUACAUUGAUUACUACGAAAUCGAGAUCAAGUCAUUCGAACAGCAAGUGUACAAGGGCUUGAAACCUGCACAGCUUGUCGGCUAUGAUGGCAUUUCACCUGGACCCACGUUUCGCAUGGAGAAGGACCGAGAGGCCAUAGUGCGAUUCGUGAACCAUGGCGAGAAGGACAUCUCUGUCCACUUGCACGGCUCUUACAGCAGAGCACCUUUUGAUGGCUGGGCCGAGGAUGUGACCAGCAAGAAUCAAUACAAGGAUUAUUACUAUCCGAACAGGCAGGCAGCCCGCACGCUCUGGUACCAUGAUCACGCCAUUCACCAUACGGCUGAGAAUGCUUAUUAUGGCAUGGCUGGCUUCUACAUCCUGCAUGAUCCGGAUGAAGAUAAGCUCGACCUCCCCGCUGGAGAGUACGAUCUUCCGCUAGCUCUGGCUGCAAAACAGUACAACUCUGACGGUACGCUCUUCAGCCCCGCAGAUGAGACAGUCUCUCUCUACGGUGACAUCAUCCAUGUCAAUGGCCAGCCCUGGCCAUACAAGAAAGUAGAGCCUCGCAAGUACAGGCUCCGGUUCCUGGAUUCGUCAAUCAGCCGUGCCUUCAAGCUUACCUUUGAAGACUCAAAGGCGAAGAAACUUCCCUUCAAUGUCAUCGCUUCUGAUGCCGGAUUGCUCACCAAGCCAGUGCAAUCUGAUAAUCUUGAAAUCUCCAUGGCCGAGCGCUGGGAAGUUGUUAUCGACUUCAGUCAAUACAAGGGCCAAAACGUGACAUUGAAGAAUUCACGCGACGUCCAGGCAGAUGAGGAUUACAACAGUACAGAUAAGGUCAUGCAAUUUGUUGUUGGCAACACUGUCUCGAGCGACCAAGGAAACGGAAAUCUCCCUGGUUCGCUGCGCAACGUUCCUUUCCCACCAACCAAGAGCGGCGUGGACCGAAAGUUUAAGUUCGAACGCCAAGGCGGGGAGUGGAAGGUCAAUGGUGUCACCUUUGCAGACGUCAACAACCGCAUUCUCGCCAAGCCACCCCGUGGUGCCAUCGAGAUCUGGGAGCUGGAGAACGGUGGUGGUGGCUGGUCUCAUCCGGUGCAUAUUCACCUGAUCGACUUCCAAAUCAUCUCUCGAACCGGUGGUCGUCCUGUUCUCAACUACGAAAAGGAAGCACUGAAGGAUGUCGUUCUUCUUGGCACUUCGGAGACUGUCCGAGUAAUCGCUCGCUAUGCGCCGUGGGAUGGAGUCUACAUGUUUCACUGCCAUAAUCUCAUCCACGAGGACCACGACAUGAUGGCUGCUUUCAAUGUAACCAGUUUGGCCGACUUUGGGUAUCCAGAAACUACCAAGUUUAUUGACCCUAUGGAGGACCGUUGGCGUUCCAAAGACGAAGGUGACGGCUCAGCCUUCACCGAUGAAGCUGUCAGGGAUCGCUGCCACGAAUUCUACAUGCUGGAUGCCUAUGAUAAGGUCGAUGACACCGAGGCAGCACUCGAAUCUUAUUAUGCCAACGGCGCGCCAAAGACGACUCUCGCCACGAGUACUGUCAAGGCUAGUACCCUUUCGUCGGUUACGACGAAGGCUGCAACUUCGACUAUCACUACUUCAGCGAAAGUCGAUGAUAAGAAAACGACGACAACGAAGACUACGGCGAAAACGACCACGACCAAGAGCUAAUCGACCAAGAGGUACCCGAUCAGUUGACGUGGGAGUUGCGCAAAAUAGACUUACAUGGCGCUUUGGGAUUGUUCAUCUGUUCGGACAAUAAGGGCUGCCGCUUACGAAGAUCAUGAUCAGUACACUUAAUGUAAAUAUAUCAAUCGCUCAUUCAAAAC